UUGAUGCAAGAGAAAUUGUUAACGAAUGGUCAUUCCAGCUAUGAUGGCAGACCAGCCGCCUCCAUUGGAAGCCACGCCUAUUUUGAAUGAAGUGCCACUUCUACCUCAUAUGGUCAAUGGGGACACCACGCAACAGGUUAUACUUGUACAAGUAAAUCCAGGAGAGACUUUCACAAUUAGAACUGAAGAUGGACACAUUCAGUGUAUACAAGGUCCAGCGCAUGUUCCUAUGAUGUCACCCAAUGGUUCUGUGCCUCCAAUAUUUGUGCCUCCUGGCUAUGUAUCUCAGGUGGUGGAAGAAAACGGAGUUCGGAAAGUUGUUGUCAUGCCGCAUUCGACUGAAUUCCACCCCUCCAUGCACCCGCCUCCUCCGCACGUGCCCCAUUACAUGCACCCUCACCCUGCUUUGCUUUCCCAUCCGCCUCAUCCGGUGUAUCCUCCAGUUCCAGGGACAGGAGAAAUUCCGCCACAGUUCAUUCACCAGCAUCCUCCGCCACCCUCUCCACAUGUUUAUCAAGAGCAAGAGUCCCGUCAUCAUGGAAGGACGAAUUUUGCUCAGCGAGACGAAAGGACUCUCAAAAUGCAAGAGCAUUUGAAGAAGAGGCUAAAAGACCGACAAGCCAGUGGACAUACGAAUAAUAAAAUGAACAGCCCUCCUUCGUCACCUCAUAAAGUCCAGAAUUCUUCUAAUGCCAACGUUCAGAACGGAUACGGAAAGGGACAGCAAGGAGCAGGAGGACAAAUAAAGCAGAAGCAAAUAGGCAAGACCAGGGGAAGCCCACCAGCUGAUGCAGACAUGGGAGAAUCUGAUACAGAAUCCAGAAAGUCACAAGAGCUCUUUAGCAUCAGUAAACCUAUAGUUUCUGAAAUUCAGGCAAGGUCAGCAGUCUUAUCUUGGAAUCCUCCGGUGGCUUCACAAAAUGGAGAAACUCAGAAUGUCAGAACUGAAACAUUCAUGUAUGAAGUGGCAAUUUCAAACAGUGGUAGAAAUGGAAAAUUUAAAUCAAUUCAUGUUGGUGAAGAGACAACUAUUACUGUUCCUGAUCUCAGACCAGCCACGGACUACCACGUUAGAGUUUCAGCCUCAAGCAGGUCCACAAAGGAAAUUGUUUCAGAACUGGCGAGUUUCACUACAGAGAGCUGUGAACCAGACCCUCCAGCUGCACCGAAAGUAGCCAACAGAACCAAAAACAGCCUCACUUUACAAUGGAAGUCCUCAAAUGAUAAUGGCUCCAAGAUAACAAACUACCUUUUAGAAUGGGAUGAGGGAAAGAACGGAGCGUUCAAGGAAUGCUACUACGGUCACCUAAAGCAGCACAAACUAACCAAGCUGACCCCUUCUACAAAAUACACAUUCAGGCUGGCAGCUAAAAAUGACAUCGGAAUGAGUGGAUUCAGCGAGACGUUGGUAUGUUACACCAUAGGAAUCGUCCCCCCACCGCCUCUGCCCCCUCGGCUCACUGAAGGAGGAGUGACCUGGUUAUCGCUUGAGUGGAGUCCUCCGAGUGGAAUAUCUUCAGAUGACUCCCUCACCUACAUUUUAGAAAUGGAGGAGGAAGGUUCUGAUUAUGGUUUUCAAGCAGGGUACAAUGGAGAUGAACUUUCUUGCACUUUAAAAGACCUUAGGAGGAGUACUUCCUAUAAAUUCAGGAUUUUUGCCCACAACACUGAAGGAAAAAGCAGUCCUAGCGAGGUAGUAGAAUACAGCACAAGCCCCGACAAACCUGGACCUCCAAGUAAACCAGCAGUAAAGGGAAAGAUCCAUCCUCAUAAUGUGAAAGUCACCUGGGAUCCACCAAAGGAUACCGGAGGGUCAGACAUCUCCAAGUUUAUUCUAGAAAUUUCAGAAACCUCACCUGGAAGUAAAUGGGAAACAGCAUAUACCGGUUCCACACGAGAACAUGUCUGUGCUCAUCUCAGGCCGGGUACUUCCUACCGGUUAAGGGUUUACUGCGUUGGUAAAGGGGGCCAAAGUCAGCCAUCUGAUGUACUAACUGUUCAAACAUCAGCUGUUCCUCCUGGACCGUGCCAUCCUCCAUGUCUGGCUGGCAAAGCCAAGCCUAGGGAGAUCGCUCUUCAGUGGGAUCCCCCUUCCAUAGAUGGGGGCUCAGAAGUAACAGAAUACAUUGUGGAAAUGGCAAACUGUGACCAAGAUGAGCACAAGCAAAGCUACCGUGGCCAGGCCCUCGAAUGCACAGUGAACGGCCUUCUUCCCGGGAGGACGUACUGCUUCUGGAUACGAGCAGCCAACAGAGCUGGGCUGGGCCCUUAUUCAGAAAAAACAGAGAUUACUACCGCUCCCGGCCCCCCCGAUGUGUGCUGUCCUCCCCAGCUAACUUGUAAGACGGCGACUUGCGCAGUAGCCUCGUGGGAGAGUCCAGCAUGUAAUGGUGCAGAAGUUAGUGAAUUUAGACUGGAAUGGGGCCAAGUCGAAGGAUCAAUGCAUAUCAUAUAUUCAGGCCCUCUUCUGAGCUAUGAAGUGAAAGGACUCACACCUGCGACUACGUACUAUUGCAGAGUACAGGCUGUGAACAUUGCUGGAGCUGGAUUGUUUGGGGAGAUCGCCAUGGUCACCACCCCAGCGUCAGUGCCAGCAGCGGUGACGGUAUUGCACUUGCUCGAAGAAGACCAGAUGGAAGCCCCUCUUCCUCUGUCCACGUGCCUUGUUCUUCACUGGGAAGAGCCCUGUUGCCACGGCGCCGAGAUCACCGGCUACAACAUCGAGUAUGGGGAGAAGCAGCUCUUAGCAGUCAGCAGAGUUACAAGCCACGUCCUGGAGAGCUUGCAGCCAGACACUUUAUACAGGAUCAGAGUACAGGCCUUCAACUGUCUUGGAGCUGGUCCCUUCAGCCCUUCCAUCAAAGCGAAAACGAAGCCUUUGCCUCCUGAUCCCCCCCACCUGGAAUGUGUUGUCUUCAGUUACCAGAGCCUUAAACUGAAAUGGGGUGAAGGUCCUAGCAGAGCUUUAAUCACCAAUCCCACCCAGUUCAACCUACAGAUGGAGGACAGGUUUGGCAGGUUCACCACUGUCUACAGCGGACCUUGUCACACGUACAAAGUGCAACGACUCAGCGAAUCCAGCACGUAUUACUUCAGAAUCCAGGCAUGCAAUGAUGCCGGUGAAGGAGAGUUUUCUGAAGUUUACGCGUUCACCACAACCAAAUCUCCACCACCUGGUCUGAAAGCACCCAAAGUACAUCAGCUGGGAGACAACAUCUGUGACGUCACAUGGGAACCUUUACAGCCAAUGAAAGGCGAUUCCAUUGUUUACAUUUUACAACUUGCCUGUGGGAGGGAAGUUGAUCAGGUAUACAAGGGACCAGAAACUUCAUUCCGCUUCACCAACAUGCAGACAAACUGUGAAUAUCGAUUCAGGGUGUGUGCUGGGCGCCAGUACCAUGACUCGACUGGAUCACAAGAACUGUGUGGGCCGUACAGCCCUAGUACGGCUUUCUCAUCUCAGAAACAGGAGUCAAUCUCCCCAUGUUCAGACCCCAGCCCGGACCUCACCAAGAGCGGGAGGAAGGCGCUCAGCGACGAACAGUUUGCGUUUCUGCUUCUCAUUGGUUUUGCGACGGUUGCCAUCUUGUUUGCUGUUAUCAUUCAGUACUUUGUGAUCAAGUAGCGCGGCCUGAGAAUUGCC